AUUUGACAUUAUGAAAUGUGUCUCGUUUAUAAUGUCGAACGUUCAGGCUUUAUAUUAAGGGUAAAAAAAAAACCUCCCUGACCUGACGAUGUCUUACAAAACGUCGCUUUACUGUAAGCUGCCUUAUAUAAAUACAUGUCAAAUUGAAUAAAAGCGAUGCAUGGGAAUUCCCGUAGAUUUGAAGAGACGACCAGGGCAAUUCUGUCACUCACCCGUAAAGUCGAAAUUAAUUGCAACACAGAUCGGAUAUGAAUUUAUAUUUGAAGUCUCAAAAAGCGUUUGUUCAAAGGUCUCCUGUCUGUUUUCCUGUACAGAAUUAACAGCAUGUGCAAACCUCAAAAGACUGAAACAUAAUUGUAAAUGGGCAUGGGACUAUUUUAAUAAUUUCACCAGGAUACAUUAACACACACACAAUAUACAGUACACAAUAUAAUUAUUUCUUAUUCUGAUGUUUUAUUCCCAUGCAUCUGUUAUUGAAUGUAGAAACAAUCCGAUGCGGUUGCCGCAAUUUAACAUAAGUUGAUUGGGGACUAAAAUGAAUCAUUUUGAAUCCAGCGAUCGUGCAAAGUUGGCUCCAGAGAGUUACUUCGCCAGCUUGUCUCCACCAACUCCGCGACGCGCUGCGAACAGAGCCGAGCCGAGCCGAGCCGACCGGGUGCACUCGCAGGCAGGUGAACGCUGGAAACGCUGUACCCACAAUGCAAAGCUAUGCUAGCUGCUCGCUAGCAGGGCAGCCUCACACCGUGCGGGCGAAAAACAACAACAGGCUACAGUGAGAGGAAGGCAGCUGCAUGGAUAACGACAACAACGGCCGACCGGGAUUCCGCGCGUGCGAUCGUACUUUCUUUAACCCAAAAUGUAUCUUAGCCUUAUGAUCAGUGGCGGCGGCAGCAGCGGUGCCAUGAACAGUGGACUCCCAGCUUCAGCUGCUCCGCUCGGGGGUGCCGGGAUACCCAAUGUCAAGGUGAAGUUUUGCCGAUACUACGCGAAAGACAAAACGUGCUUUUAUGGGGACGAGUGUCAGUUCCUGCAUGACGAUCCGUCCAUGGCAAGCAUGCCGCUGCACGGCGGCGGUAGCCCCGUGCCGUUUUCCGUAGCCGGGGGUGGCGGGACGCCAGCGGGGUAUUCCCUCGGCGGCUCCGCAGUGGCCUGCCCGGGCGGCGGAGGGACCGGUGUGUCCAAGAAGAGCGAACCCCUGGGGCCUACAGGCGCGUCGCUGGAGGGGCAGCUGCUAACCAUCCCAGGGAUGGAGGGUGCGACCUUGAGCGAUGCCGGUCUGACCAACUCUUACUUCAGCAGCAGCUUCAUCGGAGUCAAUGGGUUUGGAAGCCCGGCGGAGUCUAAAUACUCCAUGAUGCAGCGGAUGACCACCAGCAGCAGCUCUCCCAGCCUCCUCAACGAUGGUGCCAAGAACUUCAGCCACAGCGCUCAUGAUCCAGUGAACUCCCCGACAUCCUCACUCUUCAGUGAUUUUGGUGCUCUUAGCAUUUCCCAAAGGAGAAAGGCUCCUAAUCCAGCAGCAAGUGAGUUCAUCCCCAAGGGAGCUCCGCGUAUGGCCACUAUGACUCAGUCCACUGCCCAGGCCUUCCCCUCGCCUCUCUUUCCACACCCCGGCCUCAGCAGUUCCACAGCUGCUGCACUGGCUCCAGGCAUGUCCUUGUCGGCGGGGUCUUCUCCUCUCCACUCCCCCAAAAUAACACCGCAUACAUCGCCUGCCCCUCGUCGGCGCAGUCAUACCCCAAACCCUGCCAAUUACAUGGUUCCCACCACUGCAUCUGACCAGGGCACUCACAUUAUCCAGAAAGAAACUGUAGGGGGGACUACCUACUUCUACACAGACAACACCCCAGCACCAAUGGCUGGGAUGGUGUUUCCCACUUACCAUAUCUAUCCCCCCACUGCACCCCAUGUGGCUUACAUGCAGCCGAAAGCAAAUGCCCCGUCCUUCUUCAUGGCUGAUGAGCUCCGACAGGAGUUAAUAAACAGACAUCUGAUAACCAUGGCCCAGAUUGACCACUCAGAGAACCCAGAUGUACCAUCUGAGGUGGAUAGCUACCACAGCCUGUUCCCCCUCGAGCCCCUCCCCCCACCAAACCGCAUGCAGAAGACCAGCAACUUCAGCUACAUCACCUCCUGCUACAAGGCUGUCAACAGCAAGGAUGACCUGCCUUACUGCCUGCGCAGGAUACAUGGUUUCCGUCUAGUAAACACCAAGUGCAUGAUGCUGGUAGACAUGUGGAAAAAGAUCCAGCACUCAAACUCUGUAACACUGAGGGAGGUCUUCACCACCAAGGCCUUUGGAGACCACUCGUUGGUGUUCUCUUAUGACUUCCAUGCGGGUGCAGAGACCAUGUUCAGCAGACACUUCAAUGACCCAGCAGCGGACUCGUACUUUACCAAGAGGAAGUGGGGACAACACGAGCCUCCCCCGCCACGGCAGCAUGCAGGUCUGCUCCCCGAGUCUCUGAUCUGGGCCUACAUCGUCCAGCUCAGCUCGGCCCUGCGCACCAUCCACACUGCAGGCCUGGCCUGUCGGGUCAUGGACCCCAGCAAGAUUCUCAUCACUGGCAAGACCAGGUUACGGGUGAACUGUGUUGGAGUGUUUGAUGUCUUAACAUUUGACAACAGUCAGACCAAUCAUCUUGCCCUAAUGCCACAGUACCAGCAAGCAGACCUAGUGUCACUGGGCAAGGUUGUGCUGGCGUUGGCGUGCAACUCCCUGGCUGGCAUUCAAAGGGAGAACCUGCAGAAGGCCAUGGAGUUGGUGUCCAUCAACUACUCUUCAGACCUCAAGAACCUCAUUCUGUAUCUGCUGACUGAACAGUCUCGCCUCCGCAGCGUUAAUGACAUUAUGCCGAUGAUUGGAGCGCGAUUCUACACACAACUAGACGCAUCACAGAUGAGGAAUGAUGUCAUUGAGGAGGACCUGGCCAAGGAGGUGCAAAAUGGCCGUCUCUUCCGCCUGUUGGCCAAACUGGGCACCAUCAAUGAGCGGCCAGAGUUUCAGAAGGACCCUACGUGGUCAGAGACGGGCGACCGCUACCUGUUGAAGCUUUUCCGGGAUCACCUGUUUCAUCAGGUGACAGAAGCUGGGACGCCCUGGAUCGACCUCAGCCACAUCGUCUCCUGCCUCAACAAACUGGACGCUGGUGUUCCUGAGAAGAUCAGUCUGGUGUCCCGGGAUGAGAAAAGCGUCCUGGUUGUGACCUACUCGGACCUGAAGCGCUGCUUUGACAGCACCUUCCAGGAGCUGCAGGCUGCAGCCUCUGGCUCUCUGUAGCGCCCUCUUUGGGCCCGGGCUGGGACUGCCCCGACCUGGAGCGCACACUAUUGCACUACAGCGGAGGACCAGGCUUGUGGAGAUGACAUCAGCACGGCAGGGGGAGCGGGGCAGGGCUUCAUGAACCUCAGUCACAUACACUGACCCUGUCCACCAGGAUGGCUUUUUCUAAAGUGUAUUUUUUUUAGUUUCCUAAACCCUGCAGCUGAAAAUUGAAAAAAACAAAAGGAGAAAAUGAAAAACGGACAAACACGGAAGCUGUGACAAACAAGUAUGACUUUUUUUAGAUUUGGGGAACAAAACGAGAAACAAACCAUGAGGUUUUUGAACUUUUUUCCUGCUUUUAUUGUUUAUUUCUACAGUUGGGGUUUAUUUUUCUGAGGAGGAUGCACUAAGAUUUUAAUUUUUUGGACAAUUUUUUGUUAUUUUUACAAAUAUGUGAGUGGCCUACAAGGGUGUACAGGGAGCGCUAAAGUCACACAUGGACAUAAAUACAAGAGCAGACUCACAAUUCAAACAGACAAAAAAAAAAUCCAGCUUUUUAUUGACUUGCAUCUCUCUUCUGGCUGGAGACAACACCCCUUCAUUCUAACGCACAGGACACGGGACACACCACUCGAGGCUUUCUUUGGGGCGGGAUGGAAUGUUUAAUGAAAUGGGCCAGCCCACAUUUGUUGGUCGUCGGUUCCCUUCAGAAAGGACAAACCACUUGGGUGGGAGGGAAGGGGUUGUAAAAACUGGAGAAAAAAAUUGAUGGAUUUCUGACAUUUUAGUUCAGCCGAUUGGGGAAAAUCAGGCUCAUUUGUGGGUGGGUGGGCUGGCACGGACUGGACUUUUUGGGAGGUGAAACAGGGUUUCCGUUUGCACUGUGGAAGGGGUGUCAUCUCCUGAUGCUGUCUACAAAGUGUUUGUUACAUAUGCAGCAACCACAUUUGGUGAAUGGACGCUAUUGUGACAUGAACUACUCAACAACGGGCCAUUUUUCGGUUUGGCUGUCCAGCACUUAGGUGUAGCCCAUGGGUGGGGCUUCUGUUGAGGUGGAGCCACAGCUGCCUCAUUGUGGAAUGUCCUUAUUUUGUCCCCCACCCCUCCGUCUGCCCUCAUCAUCCCCCUACUCACUCCUCGCUCUUCUUUCCCCUUCUAUCCAAAACUUUGCUCCCUCCCCAGGGGGUUAGGGCCCUCUACUUUUGGAAGAAGAAAAAAAAAAGGAAAAAAAAAGUGACACUUUUUGUGAAUUUUCUAGCUGGUCUUUCUCUUUGCUCAGCUGUUGUGCAGAAAUGCAUGGUUGGAAAAUGAGAGGGCAAUCAAUUUUUGCCUCACAUCUACUCUUUAUUAUUCUGUGGACCAAUUCCAGCAGGGGUUUAGGGAAAGGGGAAGGGAUGAAGGGCGAAGGGGAACAGGAAUACCAAGAGUUUUUGUUUUAGUUGACUUUUUAAGAUCAUGAAAUCUAAAUGUGCUGGAGACAAAGCAGUGGCGCUGGCUGUUGCACUCACUUCAGAUGGCUUGGAUUUCUCUCAGGAUGACGAACAGCUGGAGGGGCCCAGUGAUUGAAUGUGUUUGGCUGUCAUUGGCCGCCCCCUAUCCAGUUAGAUAGAUGAACUACAGUGGAGCGGGAGGGACGUCUUCAGAUGGAGGUUUUAGGAAGUUGCCGACAUCACGCUGUGAGGGAUUUUCAUGUUGCCCUUAAGCACAGUUCAUACUCUGUCUGUGAUCUGAAUCAAAAUUGUUGACUGAAUGAAUUUGGUGCAAACCCCUCACUUUACCCAGAAAAGUAAUUUCCAAGCUGUGUCAAACAGUCGAUUGCCUUCGUCUCGUUCUCGGUAGCUGUUGAAUGUGUACAAACAUAAGACUGUAGAACAACAGGGUCGAUUUAUGAGCCACGCUGGCCGACAAGAGACCUUAUAUUAUUACAAGGUGAACAUGGGCAUCAUCAAGCACAGUGGUCUCGGCUGUAGUCGGUUUCACGGCAACCUUUCAAAGUUAUACCUGAUGUCAAUGGUCUGUUCUUGGGGGCAACAAACCUGCAGGGAGCUGGCUGGUUUAGAUCGUGUACUACUUCCUCUAUUUUAGUGAAAUGAACAGACAAAAACACAUUUGGUGGAUGUGGUGCUUUAGAAAACCCUCAAAACACACACACACACACACACACACACACACACACACACACACACACACACACACACACACACACACACACACACACACGAACACACACGAACUUGGCCUACACAAUGUCAGUGCUCAUAUCACGCUCACACACUCCAGUUAACAUUAGUGACAACGUUCUUCUCGUCCCCCACACCAACACACCUACAAUCACCAUCUUAGUAUGUUUUAUGCCCCUCUUGUGUUCAUUGUCUCGAAUUUUGCAAUAUUUGUGUGUACAGCAGUAUUUUAAUAAAGAAUACCAAAACGGA